UCACACAUUUUCAUGUUGGCACUUCUGUUACAAAAUUUGUUGUCAAAUCGCCGCAAAGUUGUGUGUUGCAUAUUGGGAGAUAAUUUUAUUGUUUUGCUACUAUAUUUUUGUCCAAAUAUUCCGUGAUAAGGCUGCAAAAUGAAUUUAUCUGAGGAUAAUACAUUUGGGAACGGGCUUCUAUAUGUGGGAUUUAAUCAAGAUCAAGGUUGUUUUGCUUGCGGAACGGAGAAUGGAUUUCGGGUGUUCAAUAGCGACCCACUUAAGGAAAAAGAGCGACAGAAUUUCGCUGAAGGUGGUCUAUCUUACGUCGAGAUGCUAUUUAGAUGCAAUUACAUGGCUUUGGUAGGAGGUGGUAAAACCCCCGUGUAUCCUCCGAACAGAGUCAUAAUAUGGGAUGAUUUGAAGAAAGAUUCUGCAAUAUCACUCGAUUUCAACAGCCCUGUGAAGGCUGUGAAGCUGCGAAGAGACCGCAUUGUUGUUGUAUUGGAAAACUUGAUAAAAGUUUACACAUUCACGGCUCAGCCACAGAUGCUGCAUGUGUUUGAGACCUGCCAGAACACUAGAGGACUGUGUGUUGUCUGCCCCAACAGUAAUAAUGCUCUGCUUGCCUACCCAAGUCGCAAAACAGGACAUGUUCAGUUGGUGGAAUUAACCACCCAUGCGGGUGCCAGUGCUGCCCCAGAAGGCCACUUGAUAGCUGCACACGAGGCACCACUUAGUUGCCUGGCUCUCAAUGUGGGUGGCACCCGGCUGGCCACUGCUUCUACUAAAGGCACACUCAUAAGAGUUUUUGACACAGGCACUGGACAGAAACUUGCUGAGCUCAGGAGAGGAGCACACCAGGCUACAAUUUAUUGCAUAAACUUUAAUCACUCAAGCACCAACUUAUGUGUUACAUCAGACCAUGGCACAGUCCAUGUGUUUAGCUUGGAAGAUGAAAAGCUCAACAAGCAGUCCAGUUUGGCGACAGUAAACUUUUUACCAAAAUAUUUUUCAAGCAAUUGGAGUUUUUGUAAAUUCACCAUCCCCAAUGGACCUCCAUGCAUCUGUGCCUUUGGAGUUGACAAAAGUUCCAUCAUCGUUAUCUGUGCUGAUGGUUCUUAUUACAAAUACAAGUUUAACGAAAAGGGCGAGUGUACUAGAGAUGUUUACGCCCAGUUCCUGGAGACAUCGGAAGACAGAUAAACAUUACAUCUUAUUGAAGACGAGGUUAUAACAAACUGUCACCCGAAAACUGAGUCGAUAAGUGAGCUUGUCUCCUGUAAACUCAUAUUCGCGAUAUUUGUUGAAUUUUUCGUGUGAUUAAUUAGUGAUACUACCUGAAAUUUAUAGAAUUAUAAUAAUAUUCAAUGUAGAGAUAAAUAUUAUAUACAAUUAUGAUGAUAUAUUUGUAAUGAAGAGAUGUAACUUGAAUUUUCAAGUGUCAUGUUGGCUUUAGCCAUGCAAGUUAGAUGCAAAAAAUUCACAUAUCAUGUAUCCACUCACUUUCAUUACGUACCUACUUCAUUAUUAGAUGUUGGAGGCAGACUCAUUUAUAAACAAGUAUUGGCAACUAUCACAGAGUGCUAUGUUACACAAUUCAUUCCCUGACCAACAAAAUGAAUAAUAAAUAUCUAAUUGUAGUUUGAGCGUUAUGUUGCUCUGUGACAUGUUAUAAAAUCUUAGAUUUUACGAUUGAAGACUUUUAAAAUACAAAACGUUAGAUUAGUUGUUUAGGCCAAGAAUUGUGUGAUUUUAUAUGAAAGCAGUGAUGGUGCAAAAUAUGUGUAAGAUAUUUUAUUCAUUAACAUUGUGGUUGUAGCCAUUUAGUUAUUGUCACAGGGUGGCACUUAUACUCGAAGGUAUCCCGCCCUCGAUAAAUGGCAAUGAGUGAAUAUAAAAGUCAAUGUAAGUACCCUUACAACUAUGUGCUCAUAUGUUUUGGGAAUGCAUAUGAAUUAAUCUAUAAGUUUGAACAUAAUUAGUCUAAUGUCAGUUUCAAGCCGUUGCUAACUGGCUUUUCUAUUCAUUCGUUCGACUAGCGUUUACAUGCCAUUUAUGUGAGGUGGGAGUGGGAAGGACUCAGGUAAGACAUUGGUCGCGUCGUGUCUGCUGCACAUGAUCAAUGUACGAAACUUCCUUUAGACAUACCAUAAAUACUGAAUACUUGAAACACCAAUAUCACUCAGAUCACCUUAAAUUUUACUGCACAUUGACAAAAUUAUUAGGAUUCAUUAAAACAGCUUUCAUUCUCUCUAAGUGACGUGCCGUUAAAGGAUCUAUGUGAAAAAUAUUAUGUAUAUUUUGUUUUUAUGGUUAGGGCAGAUUGUCUGCAAAUAAAUCAUUAGUACUAAUUUUAUUUAAAGUAUGAAAUUAUUAUUAUUCUAAAAAAAUCCAAAAGAACUUUGAUGUCACAAGUACCAUCAUUAUGUUUUUAUUUUCUUAUGAUCUUACAUAGAUUUGGUAUAUGAAAGAAAAGAUACCUCUGGAGUUUGUUCAUUCAUAAAUACAUUUUGUUUAAAAUAUUGCUUCUCAGCUGCAUACUAAUUCAUUCAUAUUGUAGUAAACUUUGAGUAAUUGGAUUUAUUAAAACUUAAGACUGGAUCUUUGAUCAAUAUUUGUUAGUUACUAUAUUAUUGCAAAAUUGCGCAUUAUGUAGAGAUAAAAGUUAAGUGAAAAAUACUUUAUUGAGAUGUUGUUAUUGUAACAAUAUUAUUUAUAUAACUUUUUUCACCUAGAUAUAUUAACAUGGUCAAUCAACUAAUAUCACAUAGCCAAACAACUGUCUUGUGACAAAAAGUGAUUUUUUUUUUUAUUAACAAAUUUCGUUAUUAUUUGUAUCAUUACCUUAAAUCAAUAAAGUAGAAUUAAAACGAAUGUGAUAUGGAUUUAUUGAUCAAGUGGUGCAAACAAGACCAACCAAAGAAUGUAUAACAUACUUUUGUACGAGAUUGCCUACAUGAAAGAUAAUGACUUGAUGGGACAAGAUUAUUGGUUGAAUUUAUUUGUUUCAUUUGAUAAGCGUGAUUGCUGUAUUGCUUAUUCUAUAUACUUUUAAUGCUACUUCUUAUACCGUGCCUUUCCUUAAUAAUUUACAUGAAUUUUAUACUCGGUAUAAUAAGUAUUAUGCCAAAGUUGAUGUUUUGUUUUCAUAUCUUUGUGAUCUCGGUGAAUAUAUAAUAAAAUAAUAUCUCUUCGUGUUGACUUCCAAAUGGAUAUAUUAAUCGUAUCGUACUAUAUCGUUUAUUUGAAAAAUGUUUAUUUUUAAAUCUCUAGUUUGAUAUCGCUAUGUAUUUAUGUAGAUAAGUGACGAGGCUCACAAUAUAUUGCUUUAAAGUUUAAAAAUAUUGAUUUAAAUUAUUGUCAUUAGCGAUCAGUAUGAAUAUGAUAAAAUUGUCUAAGAUUUGUUUAUACCGACUUCUAAAAUGGAGGAGGUUCUCAAUUCGACUGUUUAUUUUUUGUGAUAUCUGAUUUCAAGUGUUUUGCGCUCGACUCUGAAAUAUUUCGUGUUCAGUGUUAGUUUUACUUCUGCUGUUUUUAUUUACAUUCGGUGAUUAGCAGCUCUGUAGAUUAUAUUUUUUUAAGAAUCAUAUUAUUUUUGUGAUGUUUGUUAACCAUGCAAUGUCCUGUAAUUGUAAUCAAGUAAUUUUUUUUAAUAAAUUAAGUAUAUUUUUC